GCGGUAACCAUAAUAAUACAACAUUUGCAGAUGGAUAACUGUGGUUGAAGUUUUGAAGACCUUAUUUAAACACAGCUUCGCCUCAAUGUGAUGAGUUUAUUAUAAAGGAACAAGGAUAUUACUGUAUUUACGCGUAUCUUCGCCAUUAGCUGUCAAGAACAUUGAGACAUUUCACUUGGUGAUUGUGAUCAAUCAACAUCAAGUCGAUUUUCAUCAUAACAACUGUUGAUUGAUUUGAAAAAUAUCGCAUUGGAAGUUAGCGUGACUUAUAAUAAUUAUAUUACACGACACUUAAUUUAAAGCGCCCAAGAGAAGAAGGGAAGCCGAUCAUCAUGGCAGUAUACUUUGAUCACAAAGUAGAAAAGCCGAUUGCUGGCCCCAGUGUGGAUAUCGCCUGGCAUAGUGUGCGACCGUUGUUAGCUGUUGCCUCAAGAGGCGAUGGUGGAGGUGGUACCGUACAUGUCUACAGGGAAGAGGGGGAAUUACUGGAGCAUGCCACAAUGCAGAGAGCAUGUCCAUCCAUGUCAUUAGAUUGGCAUCCAAUCAGACCUAUAGUGGGUGCCGGUUGGGAGAAUGGUGAAAUACUUAUAUGGAAUGAGCAAGAAAGAGAACUCUACUGGGCUGAACAUAUUCAUAAACAUGAAGUGGUCUUAUUGAAAUGGAGUCCCAAUGGCACUCGACUUGUGUCUGGUGAUAAGAAUGGUUUGUUAGUGGUAUGGAGAGCAGACCCAAGGGGUCGAUUGCAACCCGGUCCUCUUAGUAAACAUGAACUGCCACAAAUAUUAACUCAGUGUGUCUUUAAGCCUUCUGUUAAUCCAGAUACUGCUGCUGACAUGGCUGCCUUAGCACGUGCAGCAGUUAGCGGUGAUGAGAGUGCCUUAGAUAUGUUUAGUUGGAAAAAGGGCGGUAAAGGCCCUAUGAAGGUAUCAGGAGAUCCCGAUGCACAAACAUGCUUUAUAGGAGGGUCUGAAGGAAAUGCCUUUUAUGUUGAUGAGAAAGGUGGAUGUAAAGCUAUUUUCAAUGCUGAUGGUGCUAUCAGAAAGUUACUCUAUAAUGAAUAUAAGGAUAUAUUGGUGGUUGUUACUGAGUCACUUAUGCUGUCACAGUUUAGUGUCUCCCCAGAAGGACAUGUACAAGAGUUAAUGAAGGUUAAGCUCAGUGGUAAACAAGGUGAAUUUGAUGCAAUCUGGGCUGGUAGAGGACUACUAGCUAUUGCAACAGGAGAAACUGUUAUUAGAAUGUGGGAUUUGGAUCGUGAUGAUAACUAUGCCUUAUCAUUAGAUGGACACCAAGGUUUUGAAACAGGAGAUUAUAUCAAUUGUAUUUCAUUCUGUGAUGCUAAAGGUAUCUUGGCUGGUGGUACAAACAAUGGCCGAGUAGCUCUAUGGAGAUUCUCACCAGCACAAGGACUAGCAGGUAGAAGGCAGGAAGGUGAACAGAAAUGGAAGUUACAGGCACCUGCCAACUGUGAUGGCAAUAUUUUACAGAUAUCAUGGGGAUCCAGUAAAAAUUUACUAGCUAUUAAUAAUAUUGCUAAUGUUAUAAUACUUCAUGAACAUGUGAUGAGUUCACAUUUCAAAGAUGGGGUUGCCUGUGUACAGACGUCACCCAGUAUAUUGGCAGUAGAUAUGUACAAUUCAGGUAUACAUCAUGAUCUGAAAACAGAUAUUCAUAUCAAGGGAGUCUACACAACCAGAGACCAUGUGGCAAUAUGGAAUGGUAGGAAAGUUGUCGCUUAUGAGAUUGGACCAACAAUUAGAUGCCUAGGUACGUUUUCAACCGAAUCCAUGUUAAUAGCUAUAUUUGAUCAGAAUGUGUAUACUACAGAACCGGGUAAACUCCAAAUUAGAACAUUCCAGGGUACAGUAAAACAACUGUUAUCAUUUAAUGAACAAGAAGGAGAAGUCAUAGCUAUAGACAUCAAUGGUUAUUACUUAGUUGUUGCCACAUCAACCGGUUAUCUUAAAAUAUUUGACCUAUCAAGGAGGGAAGCUAAGCUCCAUGCCAAUCCUAAAUAUAUACAUGAUUCAGUCUCUAAAUUGGGUAGUAUAGUGUCUAUCAGAGUUAAUUGUAAUGGUACCAAGAUUAGUAUACUCUCUAAUAAGACGGAUGGUACAUGUGACCCAACGUUAUAUGUCUGGGAUGUUGAUAUGGACAACGUUAGUCAUUUUGACUUUGCUGUUGGCCAUGGAGAUCAGGAUGAUUUCACUCCACAAGAUGAAAGUACUGAGGACCAAACUGAUGAAGAAAGAUUGAUGCAGUACCAAGGUGUUCAAAUCUAUCAUUAUAACCCAGUAGCUGGCCCCACCUGGGGUCGUUCAGAGGCUGCCCGUGACAUAGCAGGCCGAUAUCCAAUAUCCCAUUAUUGGGAUCCGCAGGAACCCAAACUAUUGGUAUGUGAAGCAAAGCUUUCAGCUGCUGCCGUGGAAAUGAACACACCAAAAAAGUCAGCACUUGCUUCAGCAAUGUAUAUACCUCCAGAAGUCGUGAUCGUUUCAUUAUUUAGUACGUUAGAACAUGGUGUAAUGCUACAAGAUAGUUUUCCAUUGGGUGCCACACACAACUCAUUGAUUGGCCUUGAAGUUCCUUAUUUCUACUUUGUAAAGAAGAGCAGUGAAAUUGGUCAAGACGAUCCUCACAGCCCAUUGUCUGGUCUUGGUAACAAUAUCGGCAGACAAGUUAUGAGAGAUUUUGUUGGACUGGAAGAUGGUGAUAAGAGUGCAAGGGAUGCCAUGAUGAAUUUUAGCUACUAUCUUACCAUAGGAAACAUGGACGAAGCAUUCAAAGCUAUCAAACUCAUAAAAAGUUGUGUUCCAGUAGAAGGGACAUGUUACUCCAGUCUGUUACUUAGUUUAGAAACCAUUCCAGAUGGUAUUCUUGAGUUUUGUAACCUGAACUGUGUUGUGUUGCACAAGCUGUGCAUCAUCCCCUGGAAACCCCAUGCUGAAGAUGCUGAAAGACUAUUUAAGACAUGUAAACGUUAUGAUCUUUUAAAUGAUUUCUAUCAAGCAAGUGGUCAGUGGAGUAAGGCUAUGGAGACAGCUGAGCUUCAUGAUAGAAUACAUUUGAGAACUACUUACUAUAAUUAUGCAAAACAUUUAGAAGCCAAAGGAGACAUCAAUGGUGCAAUACCAAACUUUGAGAAAUCAGACACCCACCGAUUUGAAGUACCCAGAAUGCUGUUUGAUGAACCGCAGGCGUUAGAAGCUUAUAUCAUGAAAACAAAAGACAAAGCACUACGUAAAUGGUGGGCACAAUACAUGGAAAGUACAGGAGAAAUGGAAACCUCAUUACAAUUCUAUGAAGCUGCUCAAGAUUUCCUAUCCCUGUGUAGAGUAUACUGUUAUUGUGGUAAUAUGGAGAAAGCAGCUGAGAUUUGUAAUGAAACAGGAGACAGAGCAGCAUGUUAUCAUCUUGCUAGACAAUAUGAAAAUCAGGACAAUGUGAAAGAGGCCAUACAUUUUUUCACAAGGGCCCAAGCAUACAGCCAGGCAAUACGCUUAUGCAAGGAGCAUGGUAUGGAAGAUCAGCUGAUGAAUCUUGCCUUGAUGAGUACUCAAUAUGAUAUGAUAGAAGCAGCUAGGUACUAUGAAAACAACUCUAAUACACAAGACAAAGCUGUUAUGCUGUAUCAUAAGGGUGGCCAUUUCUCAAAAGCAUUAGAUUUGGCGUUCCGGACCGAACAGUUUGGUGCCUUGCAGUUAAUAGCAGAUGACCUAGAUGACACUACAGACCCAGUGUUACUCAAUAAAUGUGCUGAAUUUUUCAUGGAGCAUGGCCAGUAUGACAAAGCUGUGGAAUUACUUGUAGUCGCUAAGAAGUACUUUGAUGCCUUAGAACUGUGUGUACAACAGAGUGUGACAAUUACAGAGAAAUUAGCAGAGAAAAUGACUAUACCAAAAGACACUCCUCAAGUCAAUAAUGAUACUAGAAUUAAACUAUUAGAAAAGAUAGCUGACUGCUGCUUUACACAGGGUGCUUAUCACCUAGCAACCAAGAAAUAUACACAAGCUGGUAAUAAAGUCAAGGCGAUGAGAGCUUUGUUGAAAUCAGGAGACACUGAGAAAAUCGUUUUCUUUGCUGGUGUGUCAAGACAGAAGGAGAUAUAUGUUAUGGCUGCCAAUUAUUUACAAUCAUUAGACUGGAGGAAAGACCCAGAAAUUAUGAAAAAUAUUAUUGGGUUUUAUACAAAAGGUAGAGCAUUGGAUUCACUGGCUGGCUUCUAUGAUGCAUGUGCACAGGUUGAAAUUGAUGAGUAUCAGAACUAUGACAAGGCCCUAGGUGCAAUGAGUGAAGCUUAUAAAUGUUUAACCAAAGCCAAGAUGAAGAAUAUCUCACAGCAAGAAGAACGAAUUGCAAAUCUUAAACAUAGAAUAGGAUUAGUAAAGAAAUUUGUACAGGCAAGAAGGUUAUAUGACGAUGAUGCAGAAGAAGCUAUGAAGCAAUGUCAGAUACUUUUAGAAGAACCAGAUUUAGACAGUGCUGUUAGAAUUGGUGAUGUCUAUGGCUUAAUGAUUGAACACUAUGCUAGACAAGAGAACUACAAGAGGGCAUAUUCAGCAAUGGAGGAGAUGCGUAAUCGGAUCCCGACUGUAAACAUGGCAUAUUAUGUGAACAUGGCAACCAUUGAGGCUGUACAUCGAGCAUUAGAGAUACCGCUGGGGAGGGGCAUUGGUGCAGAUAUAAAGGGAGGAGGGGGUAGAAUCAGUGAUGAUGAAGAUGGAGAAGUAGUCGAAGAAGAAAUUUACAAUGGAGAAGAGUAUUGUUGAGGAAUUUCAAGAACUAUAUUGUGAAAAAAUGACUGAAUCUGGAUACCGUGUAGCUUUGUGUGCUGUACGGAUAUUUUGUUCGUACUGUGGUGAUGACAUGUAGAAAUACUGUAGGUAGGAUAUCAUAUAGCGUGGGGAUGACAAUGUGUACGCUGACAGAUCUGAAAGUCUUUUGUAAUCCUUCCACAUAGAUGUAAGAGUCAAACACUGACAUGCACAUAGUUUUCACCACAAUUAUUAUCCGUUAUCCAUUUUGUUUACUGUGCCUUUACCUGCCUUUCAAAUGAUAUAUAGAGCAUCUUGUAGUCAUUCCGUCCUGUCAAGCAGCUACACGGUACUCAGCUUGUUUUUUAAAAUAAAUAUAAUUUUGAAUGCUUAAAUUUGGUGAUUCCUUGUUCAAGGGUCAGCAAUAAGUUUACCCGUUCAGUGCACACAGAUAUUGCAGAGAACUUUUUAUUCAAGGCUAGUGAUGGUAUCCAGAUUGCAAGUUGAACUUUCCAUUCUCACUUUGAUUGCUGUCUCAUAUUUUUUACAUAAUUUAUUUUAUCAGAAAUAGAUUUGAAA